GACAAACCCGCAUUAGACUGUUUCCAUCAUAGGCAUGAAUAUUGGUUCCAUCAUGCCUUUCUCGAUCACUUGGUUCCAUCUUAACAAGCGCCCUAAAACUUAGUGAAAGAAAUCUGUAGACACAACUAUUUCCCCCGGUCCAGGGUGGAAGCUGUCUCCAUGGAAGUUCUCUGCUCGUUUUGACGCACCGCUCAGCCACGAUGACCUACGCUCAAAAGAUUGAGGCCGCCAAGGGGCAAGUUGAGGUGUUGAAACAAAUACUCCAAAAAGAAAAGAUGCGCAUCGACGACAGUCGAUCUUUCACGAUGAGCCGUACCCUCCCAAGUCUGUUAGUUCAACCGCGGGUUCGUCGCACCCUCAAAGGACACUUUGGCAAAGUGUACGCAGUGCACUGGUCUGGGAACGGGCACGACCUCGUAAGCGCGUCCCAAGAUGGGAAACUUAUCAUAUGGAACACUCAUAAUAUGAUGAAGGCUCACUCAAUUCCACUUCACUCGUCUUGGGUGAUGACCUGUGCAUUUGAGCAGACGAGAAAUGAGAUGGUGGCCUGUGGUGGAUUGGAUAAUUUAUGUUCGAUUUACAAAAUAAACCAGCCGCAGGUAAUGCGUGCGAAUUCAGAACUUGCAGGUCAUGACGGGUAUCUUUCAUGUUGUCGUUUCGUGGACGAAUCCAAGAUCUUGACUACCUCUGGCGACUCAAUGUGCAUUCUUUGGGACAUAGAGAGGAGUGAAAAUAUUGUGCAGUUCACAGAUCACACUGGUGAUGUCAUGAGUGUUGCACUUGAUCCACAUUCCCCGAAGGUCUUCGUGACUGGCUCGUGCGACUCGACAGCGAAGCUUUGGGAUUCACGUAUUCCUAGUCAUCCAACUAUGACCUUCACGGGCCAUGACUCGGACAUAAAUUCGGUCGCAUUUUUCCCAGAUGGGCAUGCGUUUGGAACAGGAUCCGACGAUUCGACCUGUCAAUUUUUUGACACUCGCUGCUUGAUGUGUGUAAACAAAUUCAAAUCCGAGAAAAUUUUGUGCGGUAUCACGUCGGUGGACUUCUCGCGCUCAGGCCGUAUCCUUUUUGGUGGCUACGAUGAUUUUAAUGCCUACUGCUGGGAUGUUCAAUGUAGGAACUUUCCGCAACAUUGGACGCUGUCUGGCCACGACAAUAGGGUCUCCUGUUUAGGGAUGUGCCCAACUGGCGAGGCUCUUUGUACUGGAUCGUGGGACACACUCCUUAAAAUCUGGAGUUGA